GUAGUUAAAUAAUUAUAAUUGGGGUGGAUGCCUCUGGUUUCUUGUUAUGCUAUCCUUGGAUUUGUAUUGAAUCUAUGGUGAAUUUUAUUUUGCAAGUUGUUUUUGAAGUUUCAAUUUUUUAGUUGUGAAGUGUUUCGGAGAUCACGUUGGUGAAGAUGGCUGACAGCUUAGCGAUGGAUUCCGGGCGGAUCGUGAAGAUGGAAGUGGACUACAGCGCAACGUGCGACGAGAAGAUACCGGAAUGCAAGAAGAUGGCGGCCGAAGGCAAGAUGCACGAUGCGCUGGACAUCCUCCUAUCGCUGGAGAAGCAGACGAGAACUGGCGCGGACAUGAUAUCCACGGGGCAAGUGCUGGUGGCCAUCGUGCAGAUAUGCUUCGAGGCCAAGAACUGGAACGCCCUGAACGAGCACAUCCUGAUGCUGUCGCGGCGGAGGAGCCAGCUGAAGCAGGCGGUGGCCAAGAUGGUGCAGGAGUGCUGCUCGUACGUCGACCAAGCCCCCGACAAGGAGACCAAGGUCAAGCUCAUCGACACCCUGCGGAGCGUCACGGAGGGCAAGAUCUACGUGGAAGUGGAGCGAGCUCGCCUCACGCACAAACUGGCCAAGAUGAAGGAAGAUGAAGGCAACAUCAUCGAGGCAGCGAACAUCAUUCAAGAGUUACAAGUGGAAACAUACGGAUCCAUGGACAAGAAAGAGAAGGUGGAACUUAUUUUGGAACAAAUGCGCUUGUGUCUGGCCAAAAAAGACUACAUCAGAACACAGAUCAUAUCAAAGAAAAUAAACACAAAGUUUUUUGAUGACGAAACAACCCAGGACCUUAAAUUAAAGUACUACAGGCUGAUGAUCGAGAUGGACCAGCACGAGGGCUCGUACCUGGCAAUCUGCAAGCACUACCGCGCCGUGCUGGGCACGCCCUGCGUGCAGCAGGACGCCGGCCAGCGGCACCAGGCCCUGCAGCACGUGGUGUGCUACCUGGUGCUGGCCCCGUACGACAACGAGCAGUCCGACCUCACCCACCGCGUGCUGCAGGACAAGCUGCUGGACGAGACACCCACCUACAAGGAGCUACUGCGGCUGUUCACGAACCCGGAGCUGAUAAAGUGGUCGGGGCUGUGCGAGAUCUACGAGAGCGAGCUGAAGAACGGCUCGGCGACCAGCAAGGCCACGGACGUGUUCGACUCCAGCUCGGAGGACGGGCAGAAGAGGUGGAAGGACCUGCGGAGUCGGGUCGUGGAGCACAACAUUCGUGUAAUGGCCAAGUACUACACUAAAAUCACGUUGAAGAGGAUGGCAGAACUCUUGGACCUUCCAGUAGAGGAGACGGAGGAGUUCCUGUCGAACCUGGUGGUGAACAAGACGGUGACGGCCAAGACGGACCGGCCGGCCGGCGUGGUGAGCUUCACGCAGAACAAGGACCCCAGCGACGUGCUGAACGAGUGGUCGGGCCACCUGAGCGCGCUCAUGCAGCUGGUCAACAAGACCACGCACCUCAUCAACAAGGAGGAGAUGGUGCACAAGCACCUGCUGGCCGGCCGCGACUGAACACUACAUCUUCCUGUUGUUUAUGUUACACUUCAAAAAAAAACUUUUUUUUUAAACAGCAUAACAACUGGUAUAAACGUUUCUCACCCAAAUUUGGGCAGUAAAUACAUAGCAGAGAUAUUUCAUUCACAGGGUUUUUUAAUGGCUCUCCGACACUACCAUUCGCUGAAUUAAUAAUUGCUUAGUUGUUUUGCAGGAAUUAUUUUUUUUUUUAUGAUUCAAGAUAAAUUUUAACUGGUGUGAAUUAUUAAAGGUUAAAAAAAAAAGUCUUUUUUGUCGAUGAUAUCCGGCAUUAAGUUCUUCUUUCAUCUAUAUAUUUUCCUACUCUUUCUAACAAGUUUUCAUCGUGGAGAUGUUUGGUUUCAUGCAGUGUGUGGGGCACCAGCGUCUCACACGACUGUUUAUUUUUUGAUUUUGAUUCAUAAUACGUACUACCUCUGUGGAGUAGGUGUGUCUAGAAUGUCACUAGAAAUGUUUUUUUUGGAUUUGAUGGUGUGUAAGUAAAAAUAUAUUAUAAUGUGCUUGAAUUAAAAAAGAUUUUACUUGUACAUGUAGCAUCAAGUUGCAUAAAUGGAAGAGACUUACAGGUAUUGGUGUGACUCAUAAUUGAACUGUAAAAUAACUUAUUUCUCACUUUCAAGUUUUCUCUACCCUUUUGCUGACUCGUGAAUUUAAUUACAGUAAAACCCUCUUAAAAAAAGGGCACCCCAAGUGCAGCCUGAAAUGUAUAAUUGAAAGGACUAUAUUUAAUUAUCACACAUUUAGACUGAAAGAAAAGUGUGCUUGGAAAGGUGAUGGGGUGGUGAAAACUGUAACACUUAUCAGUACCCGAAAAUAUUGUUAAAAGAGCUAUGGAGCAUUAAUCCUGCGACUAGUGACAAUGUUUCCAAUGAAAAGGGGCAUAGAAAAAUUAGCAUUUUGCUAUAGACGCAAUUUUUUUCUAAUUUACACUUUAGAUGAUUUUUUUUUUUUUUGUUGCUAAUUUCCAACAGAAAUGCUAUUUUAGUAAUUUUCAAAGUAAAUGCUUUUUUCAGCUAAGUUAAUUUAAAAUGUCAUGUACUUGUAAAAAAAAUCCUUUGUGAAAUAUUACUUUACAUAUAUUUACACUUAGAAAGAAACAA